AUGCUUAAGAGCAAUCUUGUUGGUAGUGGCUGCUAUUGUAUAAGUGAGAGUAGGGUUUUUGGUAUUUUGUGUGAUAGUAAAAGCUGGCACAGUGUUGACAAUAGAAAGGAUGGGGUUAGAGACGUAAUGGGAGGAGAUUUGUGUGAAGGCAUCUUCCCCAUAGGGAAAGCCUCCAGCAAUAGACCUGCCCGGAUGGGAUUUGAAAGAGAGAGCGGUAAGCCAAAGACUGACUCAGCAAUGUUAACCAUAAAGCCACAAAUUAACUAG